CGGCCAAUCGGCGGGGCCGUCCCGCCCGCUGCUGCGCUGCCGGGCGGCUGCGCCGUGGGCCUCGGGUGCCGCCGCCACCGGAGGGUCCGGCGAGGCUGCAGGCCCUGCUGCCCGCCCGCCCGCCCGUCGCUUCCCUCAGCGGCCCCGCAGCCCCCGCGGAGGGCGGGGAGAUGCAGCCCCCGGGCCCGCAGCAGCAGCAGCAGCCGCCGCUCUACGCGCCCAGCAACGGGGACUUCACCUUCGUCUCCUCGGCAGACGCCGAAGAUCUUAGUGGCUCCAUAGCAACUCCAGAUGUUAAGCUAAAUCUUGGAGGAGAAUUCAUCAAAGAAUCUACUGCAAGUACAUUCCUAAGACAGAGAGGGUAUGGCUGGCUUCUGGAAGUGGAAGAUGAUGACCCAGAAGAUAACAAGCCUCUCCUGGAAGAACUCGACAUUGAUCUGAAGGAUAUUUACUACAAAAUUCGAUGUGUGUUGAUGCCUAUGCCAUCUCUUGGCUUUAAUAGGCAGGUAGUGAGAGACAAUCCAGACUUUUGGGGUCCUCUAGCAGUUGUCCUUUUCUUCUCAAUGAUUUCAUUAUAUGGACAGUUUAAGGUUGUUUCUUGGAUUAUAACUAUUUGGAUAUUUGGAUCCUUGACAAUUUUUUUACUGGCCAGGGUUCUUGGAGGAGAAGUUGCUUAUGGCCAAGUUCUUGGUGUGAUAGGAUAUUCCCUACUUCCCCUCAUUGUCAUAGCACCUGUACUUUUGGUGGUUGGAUCAUUUGAAGUUGUUUCAACCCUAAUAAAAUUGUUUGGAGUCUUUUGGGCUGCAUACAGUGCUGCAUCAUUACUAGUUGGAGAAGAAUUCAAGACCAAGAAACCCCUUCUAAUUUAUCCAAUCUUUUUAUUAUACAUUUAUUUUCUGUCUUUGUACACUGGGGUGUGAUCUAGUGCAAGACGUGGCCAGAAACCAUAUGUUAUUCACUUGCAGACUGAUAAUGCGUAAGAUUAAGGAGGCUGGAGAUAAUGCAAGUGACUGUUUUGUAUCAAGUUGUCAGGAUGUUUUGAGAUCGAAGAGCAUACUUGUGUAUAUUAUUUAAUGAAGCAAUUGUAGCUAUAUAGAUUUGUAUCAAAGUUCUAGGUUUGUUUGAGACUCUUCAGAUUUUAUUGAACAACAACAACAAAAAAAAGAACCUUGUGUUUUAUAAGAAAGAGUAGCAAAACCACAACUCAGUACCUGUGCCAAAAGCACUAGGACCAUAUUACUAUUUUGGAGGAGAAAAAUGAGAAGCUCACUCUAACAAUCGCAAAGUGCAAUUUUUCUUUUGAGAAAACAGAGCUGGCUUUUUGGGCACAGCAAAUUCUGUAGAUAAUAUAUAUUUAUGAAACAGUUCUGAUUGUUCACAGAAUAGUGUGUAUAAUCAAGACAUGAAGAUACUACUUUUAAUUUAGUGCCUCAAUUAUCUUGAUUUGGCUAUUGAGUUUUUAUAAAUUCCAAUUUCUUUCCAAAACAUGUACAUACUGUGUAUUUUGUAUCUAUGGCUUGUGUGUAGCGUAAAUACUCCUUGGCUGAGGAUGUAUAUUGGGGUUUUAAAAAUUGAAGAUAGAAGUAUUUGAAGUCUUCAUUUAUUAUCUCUGACCAAAGGAGCAAGAUAUGUACCGUGUGACAUAACUAAUUAAAUUGCAUAUUUAGAGAAUCAAAUUAUUUUACUUAAAAGUAUAAAUUUACAGAGAAAUAGGUGAGCACCUUUCUCAACUGUAGUGCUGGCUUACUGUCGGAGAAAAGAGAUGAUCUAUCAAAUUUGUGUGAUCUUCAAACAAUGUUAUUUUAAUAUGACAAAAUAAAAAUAAUGCUUCCCUAACUAUGUUUUACAACAUCUUGCUCUGUCUUGCUGUUAAUAGCAUGGUAUUUAACAUGCAUCCAUUUUUAUUUUUUUUUUCCCCCCAGUAAUAUUAAUGCCUUCUCAAGAGAAAUAAAAGAGUUUUAUAAGGCCAGGUUCUCCCUCCACUAAAUAAGGCAGAAUUACAGCCUUAGUAACAGUUACAGUCUUGCUAAUUUUUACCAUCCAAGGAUUAUGUAAUAACGUGAUGACAUGUUAAAUAUUUCCUGUGUACUGUGUUGAUUGCUUAUGUAAUGUCCUUAUGUUAGUGUUUCUCCACAAGAGAAGUCCACUGAAGCUCACUCUGCAUGGUACUAACUUAGGCAUUUGCAAUCUUCAAUAUUUAGUAUUGCCAAAUAGACCUUAAGUUUCUUAAUUUUUUUUAUAACAGAAAUUUUUUUUUUUUUUUAAAUGCUGCAAAUAAAAACCAGCCAUAACAAGAUAAUAGCAAGGGCUGUCUUUGAUCCCUGAUGGACAGAUUUCUUUAUCAGAACUGCAGUUUUUCAGCUUUUUAGACUGUGUAACUUGCCAUUUUAGUAGCUUAUUUUUACCACUCGUAACUGACGCAAAAUAUAUAUUUAAAUUCCAACUCUACCAGAGACCUUUAGCUUAUUCAGUCUGCUUUUCGGGCUGCUGCUUGUGUUGAUUUUAAAUAAAACUGUAAGUAGAUGCUGGACAAAAACUGUAAUACUCUAGCUUGUAGUACAUUAAAGGAGAAAAACUGGUAGAGUGAUUGACUCCUCACCUAAUUUUGGACUUUUGCAGAAGGUUUGGUAGAAUUACUGCAGGGUCAUACUGAACUAAUUAUACCAGCAGCUUAGUUCUUAUCUACAAGUGUUUUGUGAGCAUUCAUACCACAUUCUAAAAACAGUAUGCAAGUUACAGUGUAUUAAAAAAAACCCCAACACAUUAGCUUUGAAAUCUUGUGUGAUAAUCUGGUUUUACCUCAUUUUUCAUUAUUUCUAUUUCUUUUUUUAACAGCAAUAUCCAACUAGUAUCAGAAGACUCAACUUAGACCCUGAAAAUACAUGUUUAACUAACACCACCACAAACAUUUAGGUUACUAGGCUGUCAGAGAGCUUUAAGCUUAGUUCUAGUUUGCAUAGCUGUUCAUUAAAUGUCCAUAAUGGAUCCCAUGCAUCUGAAAUGACUCAAGAGAAUGAAAUGACAUUCAAAGGAUGUGAGAAUGUUCUAUUUAAUCUCCAGAUAUCUUGAUUCUUUUCUCUCUCUACUAAUGUUCUGUGAAAUUUAGAGUUUCAAUUUUAACUGUUCCUUUUCACAGACUUGGCACAUGUGUAAUAUGCAAUGUAGAUAUGCACUUAACACAGUACAUACUUUGUACACAAUUGCAGAUUUGCACCUUUUAAUCUUAGUAUCUCUAGGGUCACCUUUUGCAUAUGCUGUGCAAGAAAUAUGUACAAACAGCUUUCAAAGGGUUCUGAUAGUUUGUAAUAACUUUGCAUUCAACAAACUCAUAUUUUUAGAUGAGGUAUGUGUGUAAAUACAAGAUGUGUUUUAUAAAAAUUUUGAAUUAAACUUGUUUACAGAAUGUA